UUGGCAGUUACUCUGUCAGUGAGGUGUAUGCCACCUCUUUCUAGGUUUGACGUUACCAUUUUAAAAAAAGAACGCUUGAAACAGGACAGUAAUUACAGUGACAGUGCUUCGAUGGGCCCGCAUGACGUGAAGCUAUGUAACAACAACUGUAACUACACCCAGUCCCCGUACAAAGCUUCUAAUUUAGACUGACUGACUGGCUGACUGUAAAGCACUUGUUGACAGCUAAUAACAUUCAGUCCGAUUUAAAGAAGAAAAGUCAAGUUGAGAAUUGGCGUAGCUAACAAGGCAUGAUGGAAGGAGAGUACGACUUUCUGAAGAACGAACUUCGUAUUGUUUUGAUUGGCCUCACUGGUUCGGGGAAAAGUACUUCUGGAAAUGCUAUCCUUGGCCUUGACAGGAAUCAUGGCUUCACGUCGCAGCCUAGUGCUAGAUCGGUGACAUCAGUAGGCUGUAGAAAGGCUACACGGUUUGGCCGUGAUAUUCUGGUCACUGAUACGCAUGGCAUGUACAAUACUCGCCUUUCCCAGGGGGAGGUCACCAAGGAGCUUAUCCAGUGCAUCACACUAUCAGCACCAGGUCCUCACGCCUUCGUCAUGGUUCUUAGACUCAAGAGAUUCACCUCAAAAGAGCAAGCUGCAAUUGCUUACUUCAGAGAUAUAUUUGGUCAAGAUAUGCUUAAAUAUCUGUUCGUGCUCUUCACUGGACUUGACGUCCUUCAAGCAGAUAACGUCAGCCUGGACGAAUUUCUAGAAAAUGUAACAGGACCUCUUAAGGACCUGAUCAGAGAAUGUGAUGGCAGGUAUACCGCAAUAAACAACCGAGAAAGGAAUCCUGGAGUGAAAGAAGGCCAGGUUAAGAAGCUGGUGGAUAUGAUAACGUCUAAUGUGGACAAACACAGUGGAAGCCAUUUUACAACAGAAAUGACGAAGACAGCAGAGCAAGAGGUUCGUAAACGGGAAGAGAUCAUACGACAGGAGAAAGAUGAAGAAGUUCGGAAGGCAAAAGAAAGAAUUCAGAAGGAUACGGUAGAAAGGUAUGCGAAACGACAAAAGGAGAUGGUGAAAGAAAAUGAAAGGUUCAAGGUCGACAGCGAGGGACUGAAGGAGAAACAAGAACUUGAUAAGGACGAACUUGAAAGAAUCUUGGCUGGACGCCUUGCAGCAUACAAACGGAUAGAGGAACAAUUUGCCAGAUCAGCAAGAAACCAAAUCAGGUAUGAAAUCGAGACAGAUGACUCGUUCAUAGGAACUGUCGGAAAUGCAGUGUGUAGUGUCGCUGGAGCCUUGAUACAUCCUUUUAAAAACCUUUUGCUAUAGGAAAACGAAUUGAAAACAUAUAAGCUACUCACAGUCACAACAUUAAAUGUGGUUUUAUUAUUUAGUAAAAGAAAAACGAGAGGGCGGGAAGAAAAAAAAAUGUUUUUAAAAUAUGGCAGUAUUAUUGUGGGGUUUUUUUCUGAUAUUAUUUACAUGCUAUUGAACAAAUGUGUUUUUAAAAAUAGCAUUUGUUUAUUCAUGGUGUUACCGACGUUCGAUGUUUUAUGUCCAUGGUCUACGUAAAAUGAAAUAAUAGUUGGAUAGUAAAUAUAUAUUUUAAAAAAUACUCAGCUAGACAAAAAAGGCAUUUCUAAACUGAAAAUUGCACCUUUUUUAUCUCCUACCUCCACAACCCACCCCUCGUCCACUCUUAUUACAGUCAUCACCAUUAGAGAACAUUGAUUAAUUAAUCAUCGGCUAUUUGGUAAUUCCGACUCGUAGUCGUCAGAGGAAACCUGCUAUAUUUUUCCUAAUGCAUGAAGGGAUCUUUUAAUAUGCACUUUCCCACAGACA